AGUGGAAUCUAUUCAUACAUUUUUAUGGUAAGUUUUAGGGUUUAAGAUCUCCAACAAGAGAGUUUAAAUCUCUCCAUUUGCCACCAUCAUCACCACCUCCUGCUGCUACACGUGUAUUGUUGUCAAAAAUGAUGCCUCGAUGGAGCAGAAGUCUUACAAAUAUCAUUUCCAGACAAAAAACCAAAUCCUAUGAUUUCUCCAUUCCUAAUAAACAUUUGUUGUAUCUAUCACCGCCAUACCGACAAAGUUCCAAGGUUGCUGCCGCCACCGCUGUCGAACUGCCGCCUGAUGUCUCUUCUGCUAAAUCAGAGGUAAAUCUGAAUAAGCUGUUCCGUGCUAAGCCAUGCUCUUUAGCAUUGCCACCUGAUUCUCCUCUGAGGAUUGAGGAACCUACUUAUGAAGGUCUCCGUCAUUUUCUUCUUAAAAUGAUGCUAUUCUACAGCAAACAAAGCAAGUCUAUUCGGCAAGCAAAUGUUAUCUACCGUCGCGUUGUUUCUCAAGUUGAUAAACCAGCCAUUUAUGAUGUUUUCAGCCUGGAAAGAACCUUUAGAACAAAUUUCUCUAUGCUUAUGAUACACAUGUGGCUUUGUUUACGUCGCCUGAAAGCCGAAGGACAGGAAGGUGUUGAAUUGGGACAGUAUGUGUAUGAGAUUUAUAAUCAUGACUUAGAGACAAGAGUCUCCAAAGCUGGGGUUAAUUUACUGUUGUCAAAAUGGAUGAGGGAGUUAGAAAAAGUAUUCUAUGGAAACAUUGUUGCUUUUGAUACAGCCAUGCUCCCGGAAGCUAAACCCGGUGACUUGCAGAAUGCAAUUUGGAAAAAUGUCUUUGCUGAAGAUGGUUCAUCAAAGCUGGAUGCCGCUGCAUUACCUUCUGUCAUGGCUUUCACAAGAUAUGUUCGACGGGAAUGUACUUGCUUGUCAUUAACAGAUAAAGAAGCUAUGUUUACUGGAAACUUCAUGUUCACCUCUCUUGAGAACCCAAAACCUUAACAAUUCAGACUAUGGUGAUAGUAGCACACUAGCUAUGAAGGAUGGUAGCAUAGAUGUUUUCUUUAAUAAACCUUUGUUUUGUCUACAACAAGUAUAAAUCCUCUAGUUGAUAAGGUAAAGCAUUUUAGCUUUCAAAAUGAAUGUAUUUUGCCAAAACAAAGGGAAAAGAGUUUGUUGCCACCGUGGUAUUGGAAGUUUGAACGAAGCUUUAGUACUGGUAACUGAAGACGGAGGCAGAUGAUGGGCGAACUCGUUAACCAAUGGAUUUUUGAACAUAAAAAGGAAAGAAAGUACUGUAGUUUGUUUUAGUUGUAAUUGUAAGGAAUUAUCUGGGCGUUGGCACUGGUGUGAAACAAUGGUUAAUUUCACAAGAUCAUCAGGACUUGAAUUAAAUGGAACCUAUGUUUUGAGUUGUGAAACACUA